AUGUAUCCAACUGGAGUCGGAAUUGAUUUUUUAAACAUUAAUGAUAUUGAGAAAUAUGAUGCAAAUUGUUGGUUAAUGAGAUUAGAUGAUCAAGAUCCAAGGGCAAAAGGAUUACUUCAUUUGAUUGAUAUUUUGUCCAAACUAUCUAAUCCUCCUGAUUAUAUCUUUCUUGAAAAUGUUUUGAAUUUUGAGAAAUCAAAAUCUCGAGAAAAAUUAAUUACUCAAAUAUGUUUAAUGAAUUAUGAAAUUCAUGAAUGCUUAUUAACACCUUUGCAAUUUGGUAUUCCAAAUGAUCGAUUACGAUAUUAUUUGAUGGCACGAAAAAUACAAGAUUUUAAUAAAUCUGAAAAAGUAUUCACACCACAAAAAUAUUUUGAACAAGCAGUGAUAAAUACAUCUUGGCCAUUUGAAUGUAUGUUGAAUAAUAAGGAAACUAAUAAAUGUUAUCACUGGAAGCAGCAACAAAGUCAACAACCUUUAGAAUUUAACGUUCCUGAACUGAGUAACUAUAUUGAAAAUUGCUUGGAUGAAAAUGAAUUAAAAAAAUAUCUGGUUCCUGAAAAGUAUAUUUUAAAAAGCUUUGAUUUUAAAUUUG